GGAAUGUGUUGCCCUCUUCUUUUCAUGACAAAGAUGCAGAAGAUGUGAAACAGAAACAAAUUGAGGAAAAGGCAGAAGAGCGUGAGACUUUUUCCAUGGGUCAAGAAGACCAUCCCAAAGAACCUGAGAAGUUUGAAGUGGAGACAAUGGAAGGAUUGCAAGAUGCUUCAAUUCCAAAAGAACAUGCAACUGGCUCAGAGCUCUCACAGCCAGUGCAAAACCGACCAAAAAGACCAGGUGAAGUUGAGGUUACAAGCGUUUUUGAUGAUGCUGAUGCUUCCUUUUUGCCUUCAAUGGAAAACCAAGUUGAUGUUUCUCAAGAUCCCGGCAUGUCAGCACCAGUGACACCCCCAGUGAUUCCUUUGCAGCUGCCCCCAACACCACGGCAGCAGCAUCCCACGAGAACUCAUGAGAUGGAAGAGUUGGAGGACCAUGAGUCUAAACGUGCCAAGCUGGAAUCUCAGAAGAAGCAGAAAAUCACUCAAAUCAGGGAACAGCAUGAGUCAAUGAUCAGAAUGGUCAAGUUUGGUGAAGAGGAGUUUGCAACAAUGGACGACUAUGAGCAUGAGCUUGAUGUCAACGAAAACAUCCCAGAAGUUGAGUUUUGGGAGGAUGAAGAUAAAAUCGAGUUCAAAGAGGUGCCAGACGCCUUGUGGUCAACAGCUUCUCUGGAAAAGCAGCCACCCUCGCCAGAAACAUGGGUGGAUCAGCUGGCAGACGAGGUUGAAAUUCAGCGCCUUCUUUCAAUGGGUGUUCUUCAAAGACAGGAGGAGUGCCAAGAUGAAAUCUCAGGCUACCUCAAGGCCACAGGUGACAUGGGCAUGAAGCUCACCUUGCCGGAGUUUGGAGCUGGUAAGUGGAAAAAGGGUGGUGAAAAGUUUUGGAACGUUGAGACCUUCACAGACGCAGACUGGUCAGCGCAUAAGGAGAAGCGCAUCGAUGACUUAAUUGUGAAGUUGGAGCGCAUGCAGAUUCAAAUGGAACAAGACUAUGCAAUGCUUUCUGACCGAGUGGAAUCAACCAGCAACGAGGUUUCCAUGACGCACGAUUAUGCAUCAGGUAAUGCAGAUGAAACAGAUGUUGGUGCUCCAGAAGGAGAUGAAAGUGAAGCCAUGGACGAUGACGUGCCAAUGGAAGUCUCAACUGGAACAGACUCAGUGACAGACAUAGUGGAAUUUCUCAAGACCGAGCACUUGAAAUGUUUGCAGAAUGGUGACCUCUGGGAUGCCAAUGAAAUCCAACACACGAUUCUUGGUUUCUUAGAGGAGGUCAGAACAGAGAACACGAGUUCAAUGCUUGAACGCUGCAAGCAGAAGGUGGUCGAGAUGUUUGAAGAAAUGUACAAAAAGGCGACAGAGCAAAACCGUGCAGGCAAUGGUGGAACUGCAUCAUCAGGUGGAGUCAAGGCCAACGUGGAUUGGUCCAAACUGCUGAAUAAACCCUCUACUUUUGGUGAGGGCAAGUCUGUGGAGGACGAUGUCAAGGCUUGGAGGGAUUACCAAUGGCAGCUACAUCAGUAUUUGGUUGCAAUAGAUGAGGGCUACGAUGAUGAGCUCAAGAAGCUUACAGCCGAUCCUUCUGUUGAGUUGCCAAUGGAUACAGCUAGCGUUGAAACAAGGAACAGGAGCAACAAGCUCUACUCCCUCUUGGCCAGCCUCAUGAAGAACAGGUGCCUAGCCAUUGUCAAGUCCACUGCAAGUGGCAAUGGUUUUGAGGCAUUACGUCAACUGAUUUUGGCGCUACGUCCCCCAGUUCAAAAUCGUGGUUUGGCUUUGCUGACUGCCAUCACUUCAUGGCAGCCUUUUGGAAUGCAGAAGCCUCUUCUUCCCCAACUUUUGGUUUUGGAGGAAGCCUAUGAGGAGGCCAGAAAGAGCGGUAUGGCUCUCAAUGAUGAGUUGCGCAGUGCCAUCCUAUUGCGUUGCAUUGGAGGCCAGCUCAAGACGCAUCUCAAUAUGGCUUUGACUGACAAUGCAAAGUACAGCGAUUUGAGAGAGCAAGUGUUGAAAUGGGACCGCGCUCAGGCAAAGUGGUCUCAGUGGAUGGGCGGCCAUGAAACAGAUGCCCAACCGAUGGAGAUUGACAGAGUUGAAGGAAAAGGAGGUGGAAAAUCGAAAGGAAAGACGCCCAAUGACAAGGGCAAAGGAAAAGGCAACAGUGCUGAGAAGUACUGUUAUUCAUGUGGUGGCCUGGGUUCAGCUGAUGAUGAUGUUGAAAUUGUUGCACCUGAAGAUAUGGAAGUUCAAGGUGCUGACAUUGAAGGUGGAGAAGAUCAUCCAGCAGCAGGUGUGGAGAUCCAAGAGAAAAUUUUAGUUGAACCCUUGCGUGAUGACAAGCUGGUAGUGAAUGGUGUUGAGUUGACAAUGGACAGCACUCUUGCAACACUUCGAGCUGGAUUGACGUUUUACAACCUUUCCACUUCUGGUAGCAAACAGAAAUGCUUCACACGCUUGGCAAACUAUCAGAAACAACAAGAACUGGAGAUCAUCACAGCAGCUGCAAAUCAAGCCCAACGAGAAGAUGUGCGUGAGCCUCAGGCACCAAAGUUGGCAGUGCCACCUUCUGAAAAGGAGCAACAACAACAUGCUCUAACUCAUUUGCCGUUUGCAGAUUGGUGUCCUAGCUGUGUUUGCCAUCGCAGUCGUCAAGACCGACACAUGGUGGAUGGAAGUGCAAGGCGUUCAGGUGCAAUCGAGCCUUCAGCGUUUUACGAUGAAGAUGGAGCAGCAGUGAUUGAGAAAGCCAAAGAGGAGAAACGUGAAGAGCUUGAGUCAACAAAGAUGGCACUUUGGGAUCGCCCUGAGAAGGUUGAGGAAGAGCUCAUUGAGUUGCCACCCACCGGCACUUACCCAAAUCCAACAGAUAUUUGGGGAGAAGGAGAAGAUGAGCCAAUUCAGGUCACUGGAGGACCAGCCACUGGACAUGCUGAUGUCCCACCUGCAGUUGCAGCAAAUGAUGAUGAUGUUGUGGGAGUGCCCAAUCCAAGUUUGCGUUUGGAUGCACCCAGCACUCCAUUUGAUCUCUUGGCAGCGCCUUCGACGCCACCAUCUCCACGUGCGACACCCACGACAAGGGUACAUGAUGCUGAAGUUGAGGAGGAGCACUCUCCAAAGAGGUUCAAGGAGGAGCCCCACAAGAAAGCCAGGUUGACAAGGCUUUCAGAAGAACGUGAUGCCAUGGUGCGUGUGGUGAAAAUAGCUGAUGAUGAGUUCUACACCAUGGACAGCUACAAUGAAGAUCCACAACUGGAUGACCACUGUGAUUAUGGAGACCCUUGGAUGGACGAGGACAAGGUGACAGCCAGUGGCAUGCCAGAAGCACUUUGGUAUGAUGGGGACAUCACAGUGCAGCCCCCGACACCUGCCAAUUGGAUUGACCAACUAGCUGACAAGAUAGAAAUCCAAAGGUUGUGCAACAUGGGUGUUCUAAUGCCUGAAGCUGAGUAUGGAGCAAAAGUUGAAUCCAGACUCACAACACGAUUCGUGUAUGAUUGGCGCCUGAAGGACUACAGUGGCCCCAACAACAAUGAGCCAACAAGAAAACGCUGGUUAAGGAGGAGCAGGUGUGUUGCCCGAGAAUAUGCCUUCUUGGAACACCGUGAAGACACCUUUGCUCCAGCAAGCUCGACACAUGUUCUGAACAUCCUUCCAGUUCUUUGGCUUCAGAAAGCAGCCGACUUUGAGGCCAGCAAAGGAACAGAUUCAGGUUGUGAGUGGCUUCUAGCAACCUUGGACGUCAAGGACGCCUUUCUCAUGGUGCCCCAACCUGAAGUUCUGAAGAUUCGAGUGAAGCAAUCAGCUGAACACCACUGGAUUUUGGAGUCAUUCAGUGACAGCGACUGGAGCACCAAUCAGGAGCACCGCCGCUCAACUUCAGCUGGAUGCCAUCUUUUAUGUGGAUGUUACAUGUACAGCUCAAGCAGAACGCAGCGCGUUAUCAGCUUAAGCUCUUGUGAAGCUGAAUUACAUGGCAUGGUAUCAACCUUGGCCGACGGAAUCUUCUUGAAGCGUUGCAUUGAGUUUUUGGUGAAAGCAACAGUGGAACACUAUCUACUGACUGACAGCAGCAGCGCUCGACAACUUGCCCAGCGUCAAGGGAUUGGAAAGAUCAAGCAUCUUAGUGCAAAGGUUCUCUGGAUCCAACAACAAGUCCAGGACAAGAUGGUCAGCCUUUGCCAAAUCUCUACAGUCUGGAAUGUUUCAGAUGUUGGCACAAAGGUUCUCAGUGCCAGACGCCUCAAACUGCUUCUACAUCAACUUGGAAUGUUCACGCAGGAUUCCCAGCGUGUUGGUGAGGAGGAGUUCAAUGAAGCAAACAACAGAGCUGGUGGAAGAAAUGUCAUGCAACUUGCGCGUGUGGUGGCACGGGUAAUUGCAGUUAUGGGCCUUGAGCCUACACGUGCAAUGGGACAAGGGGAUGAGACUUGUUCCAGCCCAAGCCUUUCAGCCAAUGAAUGGUGGUUCAAGCUUGGCAUUGCGAUCUUGGUUGUCAUUUUGAUUGCAUUUGCAGUUGGAUGCUUUGUGGUGCGCAGGUAUGUCAAGCAAUUGCUCCAUGACCUCUACCACUUGAGCGUCCAAGUUGCCGAGGCUGAUACGGUCAUUGGUGAGCACAUGCAACAGGUGCCCGCCAUACAAUCAAGAUUGGAUGGCCUGAUGUUACAAGUUGGUGAUGUGAGCCAACGCGUGGCUAUGCUUUCAAACCAGGUGAUUGAAACACAGAAUCAGCUGGAAAUGGUGAGUGAUCGACAGGAUGGCCUUCACUUUGCCAUCAUUGAGAUUGGAGGUUUUGUGAGAUAUCACGAUCUCACAGCACGAGAACGUAGCAGUAUGUUCACUCAGGAACGUGGAAACAUGAUGGCCCUGAACACCAUGGGGGCCAGCCAAUACCUGAGAGCCAUUCGAGCUCAAUCAAGGGCGUUUGUCAGAGGAGGUGAGGACACAGACCCACCUACAAUGGAGGAAUCACAGCAGCAUGAAAUGGAAGUUGAUGAAAAUGAAAAUGAAAAUGGAGAAAGUGAAAAUCGCACAGACGAUGAAAUCAUUACAAGAGAGUUCAAUCCAGAACGCAACAUGGAAACCAGACGAGGUGAACUGACAGCCACUCUUGAUGACUUGAGACGACAGCUUGAUGAAGCUUUGGUUGGUGGACAUUACAGUGAUGGCGCCGAGAUCCAGCAGACAAUUCUCAUGGUGCUGGACCAUUUGAAUAAUGGUGACUUGCGCCUUCCAGACCAAAGACGUGUAAUGUACCUCCAGUGUGCCGAUAGAAUGCAACAGCUGUCAAAUCGGGUCAGGAGACGUGGCAACAUAGCCUUAGCUGAUGUCUACUUGGAAUAUGCAGCAAGCUAUCGAAAUUCAGUUUGA